GAGCAAAAACCUCCUCGUUGGCUGGGAGUCGCCGGGAGUAGCUCAGUCUCUGCUCGCUUCUGCCUGAACCAGUCGUUCAGCCAGUCAGUCAAUCCAGUGCCUGUUGCUUCCUUUCUUAUCUCAUCUCCUGCUGGGGUUUUCCCUCUUGUUCCCUCCCUCCCUCUCUCUCUCCCUCUCUCUCUCUCUCUCUUUCUCUCUCUCGCUCUCUUUUCUCUUUUCUCUCUCUCUCUCCUCCUUCAUCGGUUGCUGCUGCGUCUGAGCCGUUGCUCGCCUGUUGCUUGUCACGUUGGUGCUCAGACUUUAGAGGGAGCGAGUGUCGGGUGAUGGGCUGCUGAGACUCCUAUUAGACAGAGCCAACAAGUAAGCUGCCAGCCGAGCGACCGUCAUGGGGAAGCAGAACAGCAAGCUCCGGCCCGAGGUGAUGCAGGACCUGCUGGAGAGCACGGACUUCACCGAGCACGAGAUCCAGGAGUGGUACAAGGGCUUCCUGCGGGACUGCCCCAGCGGCAAUCUGUCCAUGGAGGAGUUCAAGAAGAUCUACGGCAACUUCUUCCCGUACGGCGACGCCUCCAAGUUCGCCGAGCACGUGUUCCGCACCUUCGAUGCCAACGGCGACGGCACGAUAGACUUCCGGGAGUUCAUCAUAGCGCUGAGUGUGACGUCGCGUGGCAAGCUGGAGCAGAAGCUCAAGUGGGCGUUCAGCAUGUACGACCUGGACGGGAACGGGUACAUCAGCAAGGCGGAGAUGCUGGAGAUCGUGCAGGCCAUUUAUAAAAUGGUUUCGUCCGUCAUGAAGAUGCCUGACGACGAGUCGACGCCAGAGAAGCGAACGGAGAAGAUCUUUCGGCAGAUGGACACCAACAGAGAUGGCAAGCUGUCCCUGGAGGAGUUCAUCAAGGGAGCCAAGAGCGACCCCUCCAUCGUCCGUCUGCUGCAGUGUGACCCCAGCAGCGCUGGACAGUUCUAGACCGUGCCUGUCCACUCUUUAUUGCGUGUACGGGGACCCCUUCUCCCUCCACCCUACGAGGAAGACGGACGGCGAGGAAUAUUUACAAAACAAACACACAGAACAAGGUGAUGAUGAGGAAGAGCGGCCUUCAAACACCUGCCGGGGACGACGAAGAGAGGGGCCGAAGGGGGCCAGGCCUUCACAGCUUCACCCGGUCCCCGGCCCGUUGUCCCACAGAACACCGUCUGGACCCGUCGGCCCGAGGCAGCACCCCAACGCCCGCCUCAGUGCCCGGUCGACGAGGAUAUCCUCUGUUGUUUUCAAUAGGCAUGUCAUACGGUUUGUGUUGUUUAUAUAUAUAUUUAUAUAUAUUUGGACUCUGUAUCGGUGUUCCUUAGUGCCCCGUACGGCCCCCUGGAGGGUCAGCCCACCAACUGUGUAUGAUGGACAGAACCUGUGUGUGAUAGACACUCUGUUUGUGAUAGACAGCCUGUUUGUGAUAGACAGUCUGUUUGUGAUAGACAGUCUGUGUGUGAUAGACAGUCUGUUUGUGAUAGACAGUCUGUUUGUAUAGACAGUCUGUUUGUGAUAGACAGUCUGUUUGUGAUAGACAGUCUGUUUGUGAUAGACAGUCUGUUUGUGAUAGACAGUCUGUUUGUAUAGACAGUCUGUGUGUGAUAGACUGUGCAUGAAAAAGAAAUGGAAUGCAAGAAAGAGGAUGAUAUUUUCAAAUAAAGUUGGUAAAGUGAGGUUGGUUAUCUUGAGGCAAGGGGUUAUACUGUAGUGGAUAUUAUUUCAUCUGGAGAGAAGACUUCAGAUUUUUGUCCUUCAGAGAAAAGAAUAGAGACUUGCGUUUUAGCUGUUUUGGUUUUUUUUUAUACUGUGAGAAUGGAUGUGUUUGUGUGUUUUUUAAAUUCUUUGUCAAUACAUUUCCUCCUCCGUGUGUGAUGUCACGUCAUGAGGAGAGUGUGGUCCUAUGCACGUCGGUCUCCACUAACGCCUGUGAGGUAGAACAAGCAUCACAGAGGAUCAGAUGUAUUCCACUAUUUUUUCAUCCUGGAUUUUUGAUGUCAUUGAGAUAUUUUGCAGUUUAAGUUGCUACAAUAUGUCAUACAUAAAAGAAAAGAAAGCCUGAAAUGGUUGUUUAUCCCAGUCAUAGCUGGUUAUGACUGUAGUGUAGACUGAACUACGCCUACAUUUGUAAAGCACGGUUCCAGUAUAUCAAAAGUGCAGUUUAGAAUUUGUUUUUAUGAAAUGUGUUUUCGUAUAUCAAGCAUGCCAAUUAUUUCUCUCUUUGACAUUCAUCGUGUAAAGAACAAAACCACUCUUCUUUACGUUCUGUGUAAGACAUUUGAAAUGCUGCAUGUUGAAACCAUGGACUCCACACGUUUUUCUUCAGUCAAUUAACGGGUGUGGAGAACUAAGUCAGACUGUUUGUAUGGGGGCCUUUGCCUGCGCUGUGUGUGUGUGUGUGUGUGUGUGUGUGUGUGUGUGUGUGUGUGUGUGUGUGUGUGUGUGUGUGUGUGUGUGUGUGUGUGUGUGUGUGUGUGUGUGUGUGUGUGUGUUGGUUCCUGCAUGUGUGUGGGUGUGUGUGUGUGUGUGUGUGCGUGCUUAUCAGUGGCCACCGCUUGAUGGCUCAGCCUGCCUGCGUGUACGGGCGUCUGUACAUCAACAUCACCUGCGUGUUACUCUCUCGCCAAAACUAGCGACUGACGGUUGCAUUUACAAUACUUCACCACACAACACCACUGAAUAGCUUUAAAAUGAGAAAAGCACAUCUAGUACUACAAUGUGUACACACUGAUGACACAAGCACAUGUCAACGUGUACAUCUUAAAAUAGGCGGGGGGUAUGUUAUGGUUUUUACAUGUGUGGUGUUAAAUAUCUGAGUCGUGGUCCAUCCUAUAUCUCCCCAUCGUCCCUCUCCUCACUGUAGGUGAUUUAGCCAUAACCUGCCCUCCUCCACAAGCACAACUACGACUCUGCCUUCCCGUGACUUGCUCUGUGCACUUAACCGUCCCAAAUGAAUACACCAGAUCGUUUGGGCGUAGUAUUACGUACAUUCAGUCAGCAGGAGUCAAAACAUAUUGUGUGUCCUCGUAGCCCAUAGUACUGUGGUUUCUAAUGCCUACGACCAGUUGCUGUUGUUAAGCUAAGUCACUCAAUCUCCCCUUUGAUCUAUUUCACUAGUCUUGCUAAAACACGGUCUUCUAUGAAAGGAACAAAAUAAAGUCUCUCCCCGAAUGAAAGCAACCCAGGAUCUCUUGACUAUGACUGGGCACGUCAUACCUGAGCGGAUACCAGUUUGUUUUAGUCCUUUAAAAUGCUGUUUAUUAACUGCUGUUUUGUAAUGACAAAAAAAAAAAAAGUUUGUUGACACAACGAAGGAUUACAACUACUGUAACAAUAUUGUCGGACAGCAAUGCUUUCAUUGUUUUUGUUUUCUACCUUUAAAGCGUCCGGUGUAACAUUACUGUUAAACACAAUAGAAUCUUGUGGUCAAGUGCCAAACGAUGAUAAAAUCGGUAUUGUAUAAAUUUAUACUGUAAAAUUGUUAUGUUGAACAAAAUGUUUGUAAUUGUUGCAUUUUGUAGGUUUUGUAUAGUAUCUUGUAUGUAGUGAUUGUAGUUUUUUAACACAUGUUUGUUUUUUUUGUCAACUUUAAAGGGCAAGGAAUAAAUCUGCAACUUUUGUGCGCUA